CCCUGUUGAGUUUCCGUUUCCGGGGUCGCGUCUCCUGUGACCUCCGCAAUGGCGGCGCGCAGCCUGGGUCUCGUGUCUCGCCUCCCGGCUCCGUUGCCGGCGCUGCUGCUGCAGCUGCGCCGCCGCCGCCCGGGCCCCACACCCCGGGGGAUGAGCGGGGACCCCGGCGCAGCAUCCUUGCAGUUUGGCGACGAGCGCGUGCAGUCUCUGCUGCGUCGGAUGACCGGCCUCGACCUCAAGAAGGUGUUCCGCCCGCGACGGCAAGCGCUCAAGCCGCCCAAAUACAAGCUCAUGACCGACGCACAGCUCCAGGAGGUGAUGCGCAACGCCUACUCUGAGGCCGAACGUGCCCUGAAGCCGCCCCCCAUGCUGCCUGAGAGAACCCCGAUCAAUGACGUCCUCUCUCAGGACACCAUGCUCGAUGGACUUGAGGAAACGCCCAUCGUCUUUACCGACAUCUCGUACAGCGUGCCCCACAGGGAAAGGUUCAUUGUUGUGCGGGAGCCUGAUGGGACGCUUCGCAAAGCAUCAUGGGAGGAGCGCGACCGCAUGCUCCAGGUUUAUUUUCCCAGGCCUGGGCGCCGAAUCAUACCGCCCGCCGUCUUCUCUGGAGAAAACCUCACGGCUUUGCUGUCGGCACAACGACAUGAGUACAUCCUCAACUGGUGCAUCCUCCAAUUCGAACCUGACUCCCACGACUACAUCCGGGUGCACGACUACGUGUACGAGGACCUGUACAAGCGCGAUGCGACGCACACCCUGCACAGCACGCGCCACUACCCUGGUCUCGUGUGGUUCCUACUGAAGACGCGGCGCAUCGACAGCCUACUCAUCGACCUCAUACAGAGAGACCGGCUGGAGGAUGCAGUAGACCUGGUCUCCAUAUUCCACCUCCUCCACCCAGAGUCACCCUUUAGCAAAGAGGCAACACUGAGCCGCCCAGAAGGGAUUGACCUCAUACAGAUGUUCGCACGUUUGGACGCGGAGAAUGGAGCUCGGAUCCAGCUCGCCCUGCAGACCCACCAGGAGGUGCCUCAAGAAACUGCAAACAAGGCCACCUAGUGUGCACCAGGCACCACCUCGCCGAGUGCACACGCUGUGCCACACUCCUCUGCACUUCCUUGCAAACAGUGCAUCACACACCACACAAUACGCACCGCACAAAACCUGUGCACGCAGUGGUAUACCAUGCAUGGAUAAAAAAUCAUUCCACAAUAACUGUAAAAGCAUCAAUAAAAUUGUGUAUAAAACAUAAAUCUUGAAUGAAGUACACUUAAGCCUGGAUUACUUAUUGCAAAUACAUCAGUUAAGAUUGGGCAAGCUGCGAAGUUUUCAGAAUAUAAAUAAAAGUACUAAUUCAA